CUCAUUUCUAAGAUCUGCAAACCUUCUCCAGUUGCUUGCCUAUCACCACCCAGCGGAGCAGCUGAAGAGCCAAAUGUGAAGGCGAAUCAUGACACCAAGAAAAAGAGCAGCAACGGGAGGGAUUGUGAUGUGUCUUACUUAUUUACUGCGGGUGGAUUCGGUUCGGUUUCAGUUAAUUUUAAUUGUCUUGACUUAUGAUUUAAAUCACCAAUUCAUGUCCGGGUCGGGGGUUUCUGUAUAGAGAUAGAAAUCAAAUUGAGUGACCGAGGCUACUAAUAGGUAAAAACAGUUGCGCUACUAAUAGGAAAAAACAGUUGGGAACAAUAUUGGAUUUCCGAUCGAGUCCAGGCUAGGGUUUUGUUUUGUUGCGUCAAUUAAGUAUCUUUCUUUGACCAAGUUUUAGUUAGGGUUUUGAAAAUAGGAGAUGGAUGGAGUCUAGUGAGGCAGGCACCAUGGACGAAGAGGUUUUGAAGCUCAAAGAGAAGCUUUCUCAAUGCGAACUCCAAAGGGAGCUGCUCCUGACAGAGAAAGAGAGCUGGAUGGUCAACGAGAGACUUGUCAUGCGGGAAAAAGAAGAAGCAGAAGAAAAGCUCAGAGUUUUUAUAGAAGCGACUUCGAGUGCAAGAUCUGAAUUUGACAAAAAAAGAAAGACACUCAAGGAGGCCUUGGAGACCAAGAAGAAGAGCGUGCAUCAGUUAAAUAAGGCAAUCGAUGAGUUUCUUGCUCGUCCUGAUGUGAAUUAUAUGGGAAAACGAACACCCGCCGUGGAGAAGUUUGAUAGAUUGAUUGCCGAAAUACGAAAGAAAAAAAUGUGCUUACAAGCAGAGACAGAUAAGGUGGACAAGCUACAUUCAGAGAUAUUGGAGAAACGGGACAAUUUAUUUUCUUUUCUUAAGACUUGUGUGAAAAAUUCAGAAAUCACUGAUGUAAAACCUGUGCUCCGACUCCACUAUGAUGCAUAUGUUGACACACUCAAGACUGACGAUGAUGAUUGUGAAAUGUUAAGAAAGUAUGUGCAUUUUAUUCUGCAACCGUUUGUCAGGCUUGACUUUAAAUCUCCAAUUUCCGCUGCAAUGUCAAAAUUCUUCAACUUCUUUCUAACAAAGAAGGAGUCCAAUGGUUCUCGUAUCUACAACGCAGAUUCUACCAACAAAGAUGCUGAGCAUAAACAUCCUGUAAGAGGAAGAGAGGAUGACGAGUCUGAACAUCUUGGCGAAGCUUCAAUAGGAAAGAAGAUUUGGGACUGUAUCAUAGCAUAAAAAGAGGAGGACCUGUUUGGAGUAUGUCGGCUCUAGAUGGGAGACAAGACAGACAGAACAUUGAGCACAUUGAACUUCUCAUAACAUAAAAAUUUAAGAUUUUUAGUUGGUUAUUAGCCGGAUUGUGAAUAGAAGUACUGCAGGGUGGAGGGAUUGGUGUUGUUGGUUGGCCUUAUGUUUCUUAUGUAUGCGGAAUAAAUUGAAGCAUUGCAUAAAAUUUUGUAUGUGAACUAGAGAUUUGUUUCUUGGGAAUUGUGGUUUUUCAGGGACUGGAUUGAAGAUGAUGAAUUUCUUGCUCGUGUCUGGGGUUUCAAAUUACUAUCUUGCUUUUCAGCCUUUGCUUAGCCUUUUCUAUGCUCAGCCUGGGAACAGCCUUUGGAAACGCAAAGCUGAUGCUGGUUUCAUGCAUUGCACGACUAUGAAAUCAUUUUUUGAGGAAACACUAAUAGCAAUUCCAGACUUUGUCUUGGAUGCACCUGUUGGAGCGCC